AUUUCACAGACUGAACGCUUCACUUGGCAUCUGUCACGGAGCUGUGUGUUCUUUAUACGGCAUGAAAGGGACCAGAGUGGAACCUUAGAGAGCACAAGAUGUUUGCACUUCAUCCAUCACAGCUUCGGGUGGUUGCUGUUUUGUGUGUCAUCGUCCUGCUGGCAACUUAUUUUGUGAUGUUUCGUGACGUUUCUGGAGAGCAGCACAAGCAGGCUUCCACGAGACCAAGACAGAGGUCAGCACUCCCCAGUCACCUUCCCUCUCCUGGUCCAUGCGCGUGUCCUAAAGGCUCAUCAAUUCUCAAAACAUCCAUACCCGAGAACCAGUAUGAAGAGCUGCUGCAACGCCGAGCUAAAGAGUUCCAAAAAUACAAAGCCAGGACAUCGUCUGUACUAUCCAGACUGCUGUUUGCUUUGCCAAACUCCCCUCUGCAGUAUCCUAUCCAGGGUUACACAGUACGACCUUUGACAGCCACUCUCAUACCAGGUUUAGGGAUCUAUGCAGGAGAAAGAAACAGCUACAAGGUGUCCCUGAGUGUGUCCAAAGGCGUCCUGACUACAGAGACUCCACCUGAAGGAGUGACAGUGAAAGGCGCUGGUGAGAAGGAAGUGAUCCUUGAGUCCAGCAGUCUGGUGAUCCUCAAUGACCUGCUGGCCAAAGUGUCCUACGCCAGCACCAUCUACCAUAUAAACACUGGAGAUCUGGCAACCUUCCAGUUUGAAGACCACAAAGCUGUGUUUCCGAUUGCAAUCAGACAACCUCACCUGCCAGUCCUGUACGACAUGGGAACAGACAUCAGCUCUCAAGUCACCAUCACCACCAAGACCUUCCUGCGUUACGACAAACUGAACGUUCUGUUGAAGAGCAUCCGGCAAUUCUACAGAAACAUUAAAGUCAUUAUUGCUGAUGACAGCUUGGAACCAGAGAAAAUUACUGGAGAAAACAUCCAGCAUUACAUCAUGCCUCCAUCACAGGGCUGGUUUGCUGGCAGGAAUCUGGCGAUCUCCCAGGUAACCACCAAGUACUUUGUGUGGGUGGAUGAUGACUUCCUGUUCACGAAAAACACGAAAUUAGAAAAGCUUGUGGAGGUGAUGGAGGCGAUCCCUGAACUGGAUGUGGUUGGUGGUUCUGUACAAGGGGGCCAGUUUCAUUUUGUUCUUGAGUAUGAGGAAGGAGACGAAAUAGACGGUGGCUGCCUGAAUCGGAGGUCUAACACAAAGUCGCAUCCACUGCCUGGUUUCCCACAAUGCUCUCUGGCCAGUGGCGUGGUCAACUUCUUCAUGGCUCGUACAGAUUCAGCCCUAAAGGUGGGAUUUGAUCCAAAGCUCUUGCGGGUAGCGCAUUCAGAGUUUUUUAUGGAUGGCCUGGGCUCCCUGCUGGUUGCCUCAUGUAGUGAUGUGCCCAUUGACCAUCAGCCCAAAACAAAAGCAAACAAGGAUCCUCGCUACAGCCGCUUCAGAUCGCCUGGAAGGGAUGACACUAUCUACAAACUGCAGCUUCACUUCUUCAAAAACAACCUAAAGUGUAUCCGAUAUGGUUAGAUGAGAAAAUAUGGAGAUCGGGCUUAUUGGUUUCAGUUACCUACUUAAAAUCUCUUUAUUCAGCAUUAUACCAAAGGUUAAUGAAACGUGCUGUUGCUACCUUCUAAUUAGCUUUGUGCAAUGAAUGGGUUACUGGUCAACAGGUGAUGAAAGGUCAUUUGUAUUUUUACUACAGGAUUGGGGUCUCUGAAUUAAACAAAAAUAUGUGAAAUGUAAUAUGAAAAUGUAAAAUGUUGACAUCA